AUGGCAGCAACCAUGGCAGCAAUGGCCGUUCUCAAUGCCAAGUGCUUGACCUUCAGCUCUCCCAAAACUCUCAACCCUUCAAGGCCACCCACAAAACCCAUUUCUCUCCUCUCCAUGCAAAGCCUCCCAAAAGGCCUCACCAACGGAAAACCAUCCCACAACUCAGAAUUCUUAACAUCACCACUCGCCGGAACAGCCCUCGCCGGAGCUUUUUUCUCAGCCCUGAGUUCUUGCAAUCCGGCCUUUGCAGCCCAACAAAUUGCUGAAAUAGCAGAAGGCGAUAGCCGCGGUCUUGCUCUACUACUACCCAUCAUUCCGGCCAUUGCCUGGGUGCUUUUCAAUAUUCUCCAACCAGCUCUUAAUCAGAUUAACAAGAUGAGAAGCAGCCAAGGGGUCAUCAUUGGGCUUGGCCUUGGUGGCUUGGCUACAUUAGGGUUCAUGUCUACUCCUCAUGCCUCAGCCAGUGAAGUGACCAUGAUAGCUGAAGCUUCAAGUGACAGCAGAGGACAGCUUCUACUGUUUGUGAUUGUCCCUGCUAUUCUUUGGGUGCUAUACAAUAUUCUACAACCAGGUUUGAACCAGAUCAACAAAAUGAAAUCAGAUAGCCAUAACAAGAGACAUAUACAAGCACGUCCUAAGCCAAAGGUGAAUCUUAAGCCUCGGCUAUGGAUCAGGGCUAAGCCCAUAAGGCCUGACUAG